UGCUCAUCGUCAGAUACCGGCAUAGUGAUUUACAUUUACAUAUUUUAUUCAUGCGUCCUGUGCCCACCUGAAUUCACGCGCAGUCAACGGUGCCCCGGAGUACAAAAGUCGUGCUUCGCUGGUAGCGGAAUUACAGUAAAAGUGGUUGAUGCUUGAAUAAAACAUAUAUCGCGGUUCAGAAUUGAUAAUCGUCUGUAAACAGUGAUUUCAAAGAAGUUGGUGACAUUUACAUCGACACAGUAUUACUUGGUUUUUUUUUCUCACAGUACAACGACUUUGCGACUAUGUGCAAAGCACAGGAUAAUAAGGCAGAUAAUCCGCACCAAAAACACCAGCUCAGUCUACGAAAAGCAUUGAAACAACUAUCGCUCGAACUCCUCUGGAUUUUCAUCACACAAAUUCACAGUUUGUUUGACUUGGUAGUAGAUUUCUGCUUCAAAUUGUACUAUCAAAACAAGAUACGCAAAGUAGGGCCUAUUAAAAACAAAUUAUUACUUGAGAGUGCGGUAGAUUUGGCAGAGAAAAUAAGAAACAAGAAAGUCACUGCUGAGGAAGUCGUGCAAUCCUUUAUCGAAAGAUGCAAAGAGGUACAGGAAAUCCUCAACGUCAUUGUCGAGGAUCGUUACGAACAGGCGAUCGCAGAGGCCAAAGAAGUUGAUAAAUUGAUAAACAAGCAUCCAGACCCUGCGUCUUUCAAGAUAACAAAACCCUUCCUCGGAAUUCCAUUUACCACCAAGGAGAGCAAUGAGGCAAAAGGAUUUCUUCACACAAUGGGCUCAAUGUUUCGUCGCGAUUAUCGCUCCCCCGAAGAUGCGACUGUGAUUGGCUACCUGAAAUCUGCCGGAGGGAUAAUUAUUGCUAAAACAAACAUUCCGGAGUUGAAUAUGUGGACGGAAUCUAGAAAUAACUUGUACGGCCAAACAAAUAAUCCUUAUGACACGACCAGAACUGUUGGGGGAAGUAGCGGAGGAGAAGGUGCGAUAAUUGCGUCAUGUGGUGCGCCGAUCUCUAUUGCUAGCGAUAUUGGAGGAUCGAUACGAAUGCCGGCAUUUUUCAACGGAGUAUUUGGCCACAAGCCUUCGGAAGGUUUAACACCCAUGAAGGGCGUUGGCCUCAGAGAAAACGAAUAUGACAUAUCGAUGGUAGAAGCUGGCCCGAUAUGCAAAAAAGCCGUUGACCUGGAUCCUCUGUUAAGAGUUCUCAUUGGUGAUAAUAUUUCCAAACUUAAACUUGAUCAACCUGUCGACUUGAAGACACUACAAAUUUUCUAUCAAGAAGAGUCAGGCGAUAUUAGAUGCAGCAAAGUUAGUGGAUCGCUGAGAAAAGCCAUGAAAAACGCCGUAGAUCAUUUCAAAGGAAUCACUGGCGCCGCCACUAAGGUCAAACUGCCCGGAACUGAAUAUAGUUACAGAUUGUGGCGUUAUUGGAUGACAAAAGAGGUCGGAGAAUUUAAUCAGAACGUAACAAAUAAACAGUACCGUACCACUGCAAAAGCAGAGCUUCUGAAUCUGUUGACAUUCAGAAGUCAGCUAACCUUAGCGGCUAUACUUAAGCUUAUAGACAAUGAUUAUUUACCCAAAGAAAACAGCGAGUGGGCAGAAAAAACGACUGAGAAUCUCAAAGUAGAGUUACUGAAUAAGCUGGGUGAUAACGGAGUGCUUUUCUAUCCUUCCUCGCCACUUACGGCAGGUUAUCAUUACUCCGCAUACUUCAAACCUUUCAACUUUGGUUAUUGGUGUAUUUUCAACGUUCUUAAGUUUCCCGCUUGCCAAGUGCCUCUUGGAUUAGAUAAAAAUGGACUUCCCGUUGGAAUUCAGGUUGUUGCUGCACCCUAUCAAGAUCAUCUAUGUCUCGCGGUUGCCAGAGAGUUGGAAUCUGCCUUUGGAGGAUGGGUCAAUCCGUCCUAAUUCUUUAAAAUCAUAAUAAUAACAAAUGCUUACAUAGUUGAGCGAAAUUGCUGGUGGUGUGGAAUUAAUAACUGAAUUGUAUACACAGAUCUACUAAUAUACUGGGUUGAAGGGUAAGUUUUCAAAAGAUAGUAUACGUAAACGAUGCUCCUUAACAAAUCAUUGUCCUAUUCGCUGCUCUAUUAGUUCAUACACGAGAUAAUUGGGUAAUGAAUUUUUACGUUACCAAUGAAUGAAAUUUGAUAAAAUUCUGAUGAAAUGAAGGAUACAUAGUCCAUAUACUUAUAAAUUCUGUGAUCAUUUUUCAAAUAUUUUCUUUGUACUUUUUGUAUUGUGAUAGUAUUUCGUUCUGUGUACGUCGUUAAAACUGGUGAAAUGAUUGUGUCAAAUGAAGAAAAAAAGAAGAAAAAAUAUAUGCAAGUGUAUAAAAGUCGAGAGAAGAUAUUUAUUGUUUAAAUUUGUAUUGUGAUCUGUUAUUUAAAUUGUUCAAAGUCUCAAGGUUGGUGAAAGAAAAU